CAAAGGAGAGCGAUGACCCAAACUCUACCUUCUUCUUCUUCUUCUUCUUCUUCUUCUUCACCACCGAUAGUACCACCGAUCGGCGAAACCCUAACCCUAAUUCCGGGCCUCCCAAACGACGUCGCUUCGCUGAUUUUCUCCUUCAUCUCCUACUCUCACCAUGCCCGUCUCAAAUGCACCUGCCGAUCAUGGAGGCUGUUCCUCUCCUCCAAAGCCCUAAUUUCUCUCCGCCAGAGCCACCGGAACCUCUCCCACCUCCUCUGCAUCUUCCCCCAAGACCCCGCCGUCACUUCCCCUUACCUCUUCGACCCCAAGACCCUCGCCUGGUGCCCUCUCCCUCCCAUGCCCUGCAACCCCCACCGCUACGGCCUCUGCAACUUCGCCUCCGUCGCCCUCGGCCCCACCCUCUACGUCCUCGGAGGCUCCGUCUUCGACACCCGCUCCUUCCCUCUCGACCGCCCCUCGCCCUCCUCCGCGGCCUUCCGCUUCGAUUUCCACACCUGGUCCUGGGACCGCCUCGCCCCGAUGCUCGCGCCGCGCGGGAGCUUCGCUUGCGCUGCUGAGCCGAAUUCUGCUCAGAUCCUCGUCGCUGGCGGCGGCUCGCGCCACGCGCUGUUCGCGGCGGCCGGGAGCAGGAUAAGCUCGGCCGAAAGGUACGAUAUUGAGAAGGACGAGUGGGUUUCCGUUGACGGAUUACCGAGCUUUCGAGCCGGUUGCGUGGGAUUCUUCGUUAGGGAUGGGGAGGAGAGCGAGUUCUGGGUGAUGGGCGGCUACGGCGAAUCCAGGACGAUAUUGGGGGUGUUUCCGGUGGAUGAGUAUUACAGGGACGCUGUGGCUAUGGAAUUGAAGAACAGGAAAUGGCGAGAGAUUGGGGAUAUGUGGAAUUCAGGGGAAAGGGUGAGACUUGGGAAGAUCGUCGUUGUCGAGGAUGAAGAUCGUGGGCGUCCAGGGGUUUACAUGCUCGAUGGGAAUGACAUACUCAGAUAUGAUAUGGCUUCAAAUCGUUGGAGGGAAGAGUCACGUGUACCAAGGGAGGCACCUCUCAACUCAUCAUUUGGUUUUGUGGUAUUGGAUGGUGAGUUGCAUGUAAUUACCCUUAAGAGGGCUGUUGAAUCCGUAGAUACCCGCAGGUCGCGACAGCAUAGUAAGAAGACAGGAAUCUUGUACAUUCAAAUUUACAAUCCAAAGAGGAAGACAUGGAGAUCUCUUAUUACCAAGUCACCUUUCAACAGUUCCUUGGAUUUCAAUACAGCAGUUAUGUGCGACAUUCGUCUGUGAUUUGUAAAUCUCAUUGUUUGUGUAGGAAUAUGAUGCAAAUUUGUACCGAUACUAAGGGAUGCGUACAGUUCUGUUCUUUGUUAGCAGAUUGUAUAGCAUUAUGUAUAUUUAGGUCAAUAAGCUUCGGAGGACA